AAGAUGUAUAAAUAUGACGGCUUCCAACUCUUCCCCAAAACCCCUCCAAAACCCUAUUUUUCUUGUUCUUCUUCUCUCCAAUGGGAACGCCAGAAACUUCUAGAGAACCAUGUCCAGAUCGCAUCCUCGACGACCUCGGCGGCGCGUUCGGCAUGGGCGCUGUAGGCGGCUCCGCUUUCCACUUCAUCAAAGGAAUCUACAAUUCACCCAGAGGCGAGCGGUUCAUCGGCGGAACACAAGCGGUUCGAAUGAACGCGCCGAGGAUCGGCGGUAGCUUUGCCGUAUGGGGCGGUUUAUUCUCCGUGUUUGACUGUACCAUGGUUUACGUCCGACAAAAGGAAGAUCCUUGGAACUCUAUUUUCGCAGGCGCCGCCACCGGAGGGUUUCUUCAGAUGCGGCAAGGUGUACGUGCAGCGUCAAGAUCCGCGAUCUUCGGUGGAGUACUCCUUGCGCUCAUUGAAGGUGCUGGUAUUAUGUUGAAUAAAGUUAUGGUUCCUCCUCAGGAAGCCCCAAUUUUUGUUGAUGAUCCUUUAGGGUUACCAGGUGGGGUCCAAGCCCAUGUUCCGGGUAGUCAGGCCCCACAAGAAUCAGUGGCAUCAUCUUCGUCUUCAUCGUCAUGGUUUGGAGGGUUGUUUGGGCAAGGAAAGAAAAAAGAAGAGAAAAAGACUGGCGGAGGAUCAGAGGUGGAGAUUUUAGAGAGUUUUGAUUCGCCUAUACCUCCCACUUUUGAAUAUAAGUGAAAUUACAGAUGAUGUGAUUCAAGCUAGUAGCUGUUUUGGUUACAAUAUUAUGGGAAUGAGCUUCUAUUCAACGGGAACAAUUUAAAGCACUGAUCUUUGUUGUAGAAUAAAUGUGUUUCACUUUAAUUUAUAGAAAAGAGCUGCUUAUUCUUACAUAAUUGAGUACAUUAGUUUGCAUGUCAUUAUUCUGUUUUGCUUAAA